AUGGAAAAGCGAUCUCGACGCGCUUUGGAGCUGGAGACUCUCAAAAGCAACACCAGUCUGCUGGAAGAAAUGCUUCGAUGCUUUGAUCCCAACGUUCCUUCCUCGUCUUCGGAUAAAGAUGUUAUGGAGGAGAUAGUGGCGAAUAUUAAACGGACACGCCCAACUAUCUUCGAAUUGGCUCUCACCGAUGAUGAUCGUGUGGAGGGAUUUUUGACUGAUGUUAUCGAAACAUGCAGUCGUGCAUCCAGUGUUCUUGAACGGUAUGAAGUUGAAGUCCUACACAAACCCCCUUCUACAGUUGAAGAUCCCGCCAUAUUCUUAGUAGACAAGCACGAAAAUCGCCUGCCACCUUCUCAACCGACUUCAAAUACAUCAGCCGAUGACCUGCUAACAAUGUCCCCGAGUACCAACCACGAACUUCUGCAACAGGAUCUUUUGAAUUUGGGCAUUGGUGAUUCACUUUCUCCUCGAAAUCAAUCUCCUUCACUCUCGGCUGCUCCGAAGUCCUCAGCACAGUCCAAUGUGAAUUUAUUGGACAGACUACUGUCCAACUCUCCCAAAAAUCAGAAAUGCAAAUCUCCAGUUUUGUCCCUCCUGGAGAUUGUUAUGUGA